AUGCCAACCUGCCCAGCCCUGGUCGUGCUGCUGCUGGCUGCCAGCGCCCUGCCUGCCAGGGGCGCCCCCCCCGGCCCCCCCUGCCUCCACUUCUCGGAGCUCCUGCCUGCGAAGCUCCGAGAGCUGAGGACCAAGUUUGAGGAAAUCAAGGAUUAUUUUCAAUCAAAAGACGACGAACUUAGCAUCCAGUUGCUCAGCUCCGAACUGCUGGAUGAAUUUAAGGGGACCUUAGGCUGCCAGUCAGUGUCGGAGAUGAUGCGGUUCUACAUGGAGGAGGUCCUGCCCAGCGCCACGAGGACCAGUCGGCGUCACCAGCAGAGCAUGGGUGACCUCAGCAACCUGCUGCUGAGCCUGAAGAUGACGAUGAAGCGCUGUCACAGAUUCUUCACGUGCGAGAAGAGGAGCAAAACCGUAAAGCACAUUAGGGAGACGUUCGAUAAGAUGCACGAGAGCGGGAUCUACAAGGCCAUGGGAGAGUUUGACAUUUUCAUCAACUACAUCGAAGAGUACUUGCUGAUGAACAGAAGCAAGUGA